UUUCUAGCUCUUUGUUAUGCUACUGUCCUUGCACCACUACAACAUCGACGAUUUACCAGACGGCAUUUUCCAGUUCAGAAUCCUUGUGUACUUGCCCUUGUGGACCUGAUUCAAGGAACUUGAAAAGUUCUUCAUGGCUACAUGGUCCAUCGAGUGAUGUAAAGACUGCUUCCCAGUUCUUGUCGUCCUCGUCUCAUCCCAGGUCUGGUAUUUCCUCGUCAUUUGCAGACGAUUCGUGGAGGGAUGGAAGUAGUUCGUACCUAUAUUUUCUAUCCUCGACCACUGUCGGUUCCAGCAUUUCUAGCUCUUUGUUAUGCUACUGUCCUUGCACCACUACAACAUCGACGAUUUACCAGACGGGUUCAGAUAGCAGCAGUUACGGCCAGUCUGUGAGUUCUACUAUCGGAAGUUUGAGUGCCCUUAAAAGUUCAAGUUAUAUAAACUACAGCCCUUCUUCAGUUUUAAGCAGUACCAGUUAUUUUAUGUCACCGAGCUCAACUAUUCGAAAAGAAACCUCAUCACUAUUAUUAAGAAGUAGCUUCAGCAUUUCACUUGAUCCAAGUAGCAGAGGCUUCAGUAUCUCACAAACGUCGGAAAGCAAUAGCUACACCAUCUCUACAAGCAGCACCCUUAAUAUCAUUAGACCAGACAGCAGUUUGAGUGUUUCAACACGCUCAAGUAGCAACAGUUUCACUGUCUCACAAAGUUCAAGUAGCAGCAACUCCAUUGUCUCGCAGAGUUCAAGCAAAAGCAGCUUCUUUUUUUCAUCACCUUCAAAUAGCAUCAGUUCCAAUAUUUCACCAAGUUCAAAAAGCAGCAGCUUCACUGAUUCACCAAGUUCAAGUCGCAGCAGCUUUAGUAUUUCAGUAAGUUCAAGUGGCAGCAGCUUCAGUAAUUCACCAAGUUCAAGUAGCAGCAGCUCCAGUGAUCCAGUAAGUUCAAGUAGCAGCAGCUUCAGUAUUUCACUAAGUCCAAGUAGCAGCAGCUCUAGUGUUUCACCAAGUUCAAGUAGCAGCAGCUUCAGUAUUUCACUAAGUUCAAGUAGAAGCAGCUCCAGUUUUUCAGUAAGUCCAGGUAGCAGCAGCUCCAGUGUCUCACCAGGUUCAAGGAGCAACAGCGUCAGUAAUUCCCCAAGUUCAAGUCGCAGCAGCUCCAGUGUUUCAGUAAGUCCAAGUAGUAGCAGCUCUAGUGUUUCACCAAGUUCAAGCAGCCGCAGCUUCAGUAUUAUAGUAAGUUCAAGUAGCAGCAGCUCCAGUGUUUCAGUAAGUCCAAGAAGCAGUAGCUCCAGCGUCUUACCAAGUUCAAGUAGCAGCAGCUUCAGUUAUUCACCAAGUUCUAGUCGCAGCAGCUCCAGUGUUUCAGCAAGUUCAAGUAGCACCAGUCCCAGUGUUUUGGUAAGUUCAAGUAGCAGCGGCUCCAGUGAUUCAGUAAGUCCAAGUAGCAGCAGCUCCAGUGCUUCACUAAGUUCAAGUAGCAGGAGCGUCAGUGUUUCAGCAAGUCCAAGUAGCAGCAGCUUCAGUAUUUCAGUAAGUCCAAGUACCAGCAGCUCUAGUGUUUCACCAAGUUCAAGCAGCAGCAGCUUCAGUAUUAUCGUAAGCUCAAGUAGCCGCAGCUCCAGUGUUUCAGUAAGUCGAAGUAGCAGCAGUUCCAUUGUCUCGCCAAGUUCAAGUGGCAGCAGCUUCAGUAAUUCACCAAGUUCAAGUCGCAGCAGCUCCAGUGUUUUAGUAACUUCAAGUAGCACCAGUCCCAGUGUUUCAGUAAGUUCAAGUAGCAGCAGCUCCAGUGAUUCAGUAAGUUCAAGUAGCUCCAGUGUUUCACGGAGUUCAAGUAGCGGCAGCUCCAGUGUUUCACCAAGUUCAAGUAGCAGCAGCUUCAGUAUUUCACUUAGUCCAAGUAGCAGCAGCUCCAGUGUUUCAGUAAGUCCAAGUAGCAGCAGCUCCAGUGUCUCACCAAGUUCAAGUAGCAGCAGCUUCAGUAAUUCACCAAGUUCAAGUCGUAGCAGCUCCAGUGUUUCAGUAAGUUCAAGUAGCACCAGUCCCAGUGUUUCAGUAAGUUCAAGUAGCAGCAGCUCCGCUGUUUCACCAAGUUCAAGUAGCACCAGCUCCAUUUCAAGUAGCAGCAGCUUCAUUGUAGCACUGAGUUUAAGCAGUAGCAGCUCCAGUGUCUCACCAAGUUCAAGUAGCAGCAGCUCCAGUGAUUCACUAAGUUCAAGUCGCAGCAGCUCCAGUGAUUUACCAAGUUCGAGUAGCAGCAGCUCCAGUGUUUCACCAAGUUCAAGUAGCACCAGCUCCGUGUUUUCACCAAGCUCAAGUAGAAGCAGUUCCAUUGUCUCAGGUAUUUCAAAUAGCAGCGGCUUCAUUGUAGCACUGAGUUUAAGCAGUAGCAGCUCCAGCGUCUCCCCAAGUUCAAGUAGCAACAGCUCCAGUGAUUCACCAAGUUCAAGUAGCAGCAGCUCCGCUGUCUCACCAAGUUUAAGUAGCACCAGCUCCGGUGUUUCACCAAUUUUAAGUCGUAGUGACUCCAGCGAUUCACCAAGUUCAAGUAGCAGCAGCUCUACUGUUUCUGAAAAUUCAAGCAGCAGCAGCUUCAGUGUCUCACCAAGUUUAAGUAGCAGCAGUUCCAGUGUCUCACCAAGUUCAAGUAGCAGCAGCUUUAGUGUCUCACUUACCUCGAGUAGCAGUGCCACAUCAAGUUCAGUGUAUAGUAUCCCUCCAACUUCAAGCAGCCAAAUUGACCCUGCUGCAACAAAAAUCCCCAGCAACUUGUAUCCUCACGGUCCAGAUCAGAAGGAUUAUGAACUUCGUCUUGAAGAUACUUCUUUCUCCUACGACCAAUGUUUGAAGAUCAACACAGAUUGGACUGGAUUUCCGUUUUUCACAGAAAGGCAUUACAAAUUAUACAUUUGUCGAAAUGGUAUAAUCCAAUUGAAUUAUGAGUGGAGCUGGCGGUGGCCUCGGAAAUUUGGUAUCUACUGGUGGUUUAGAAACAUGGGUAUUAUUGCUCCCUUCUGGGCCACAACUGAUACUAAUUUUGCAUUCAUAAACGGUCAUUCAAAGGUUUAUUAUCAAGUGUAUAGACAAACGCAAGAAACAUCAAAUGAAAUUCUGGCUAUAGCUUCAAAGCAUGUAAAGAGCUACACCGGAGGAUUUGACGACUUUGCAGCCACUUGGGUCCUUGUUGUGACGUGGGAAAAGCUCUGUCCAUACGUGUAUUAUUCAUACUACUAUUACUACAGUUACUUCGAGCAGGGUUUUCCGUUCAAUUGUCCUCGAAGUAACACAUUCCAAGCUGUCUUGAUAACGAAUGGAUUUAACACAUUCUUGAUGUAUAAUUAUCCCUAUGGAGGAAUUCAAUGGGUGAUCAACGCAGAUCCGAAUAACUACCGUUACUGGACGAACUACUAUGGUCUUCCUGUGGCUGGCUGGAAUGCAGGGAACGAUGGCAAAGAUUAUAUCAAUAUGAAAGGUUCUGGUACAUUUGGAAUGUACGACCUCGAUAAGAAGGAAGGAAACACGGGUUUGCAGGGAAGAUACUUUUGGAGAAUUGAUAACAGCAAUGGACAAGGUGCACUGGAGAAAUGCUUUAGUUGGGUCAUGUUUAAUGAACACUGGGAAUUCCGUUACUGGUAUUACCGAUUGAUAGAAUCAGACUGGGAAAUGGCUUGCCCUUGUACAGGGUGGCAGGCGUGGUUUGAUCGAGGACGAUUCAGUUGGAGUUGGUGGAAUUCGUGGCCAGAUUGGUGUUUUGAUUCCAGGAGAUCCAAGUUCUUUUAUAUCGACACCAGGAGUGCUGGACGAGUUGGUGUUUUGAUGAGACAACAGUGCUGUUACUCCACGCAGUGGGAAGACUGGGCCUCUCUCAAGCAGGGACCCCCUGAUGGUGGACGGGUAAAAGUGACACUUUUCUAUAACCGGUACAAUCACGUCCAAACCUUUUACACAGAUGAACAGGCUUACCAGUAUUGCUGUGUGGAUCUACCUUUCUGCCAUUUGUUCUAUGCUUAUCGUCCGUCUGAUAGCUGCCGGCUGUAUAGGCCUCCAAUUAGACGGUGGUUCUGGGGUGAUCCGCAUAUCAAGACACUGGACGGUGGGAAUUACACGUUUAACGGUCUUGGUGAAUACACUAUGGUGGAUGCAGAAAAUGGAACAUUUAAUCUUCAGGCCAGAACAAAACUUGCUCAAGGAAACUCAACCACAGCAACCAUCUUCUCAGCAGGAGCUGCUAAAGAAAAAAACUCGAGCACCAUCGAGGUUCGAGUGAAAGACGGAGGUGGCUUCCAUAUAUUGAUUGACAGUACACCCUAUAAUGGCUACAGCAAUUUAACAAAUCGAACUGUGGAGGUUGGUGAAAAUCUUUCCAUCUCAAAACCAGAAGAAAACUGUUUACAAGUUUCUUUCCCGUCGACAUCGUCAGUACAGUUCUGCGAGAAUAAGGAAAUGAUGUCGUUCGUUGUAACUCUUGGUGAUGUCUUGAAAAACGCCACAAAAGGAUUGCUGGGAACAUGGAACGAUGACCCUAACGAUGACUUUACACUGCCCGACGGGACGGUUUUGCCAUCGACGUCAUCAUUAAAAGAGAUUCACUACGGAUUUGGAGUCAAAUGGCAAAUCAACCAAUCCCAGUCUCUCUUCACCUACGCUGAUAAUGAAAGUGUGGCCACUUAUUCGAAACCUGAAUUUGAGCCCAUGUUUGCUGAUAACAUCACGUGGCAUAAUGACAGUCUAAGACAGAAAGCUGAAGCACAAUGUGGAGAUGAUCACGAAUGUCUGUUUGACGUGGCUUCCACUAACGACUUGUCUGUUGGCAUGGUAACCAAAGAUAUAAGCGUCCAGCUGGUGAACGAGUCGAAUACACUGGACAACUUCCCGCCUAAGAUAGUAAACGCUUCAAAUUUGAUAAAUGCCACACUUGGCGAAACAGUUGAGCUGAAUGUAACAGCUGAGGACGAGGGCUCCAUUACUUUUCACGUGAUAAACAAACCUGCAGGAGCCACGUGGAACCAGACUGGAAACAUGUUGUCAUUUCAUUGGCCCGUAACGUCAUCACAAAAGUUUAACGUGACCUUCGUUGCUACUGACGAUAAAGGUGCAAGCGUCAGUUGGAGUCCAACCAUUAGAAUGUGCACCUGCCAACAUGGUGGUCAGUGCGUGGAACCAGAAGAAGGCGACACAGCCAACACUGAUAACAAGUUUAUAUACAUGGGCUGCGCAUGUCAAGGAGGAUACACAGGAAGGUUCUGUGACAGUGACAUUGACGCCUGCGAAAUGAAUGGUCAGCCGUGUUACGCGGGAGUUAAGUGUAUUGAUCUUCCUGCACCAGCUAAUUCCAGUGGAUAUAAAUGUGGACCCUGUCCAUCAGGGUACACUGGAAAUGGAGCUCAGUGUACUGACUAUGACGAGUGCCAAAGUAACUCAUCAAACAACUGUGAGCAGAUAUGUGUCAAUAUUCCAACUUCUUUCUUCUGUGAGUGUCGUGAUGGAUACUCGCUAAAUGAAGACGGACGCAGCUGUGAUGAUGUUGAUGAAUGCAAUCCAUCGAGCGACUGUAUGCAAAAAUGUAUCAACAGUGAGGGAAGUUACAACUGUUCAUGUAACGAGUUUUUCAAAACUGAUCCUAGUGACUGGAGGAAGUGUGUAGCUGAAAAAUCUUGUUCUUCUGAUCAUGGCUGCGAACACGUUUGCUUCCAAGGAAGCAGCAAUGAAGCAACUUGUACUUGUUAUGCUAACUACGAGCUGGACAGCAAUGAAAAGAACUGUACAGAUAUCAAUGAAUGUGAUCCAGCUAAAGAACUUGAUCGGUGCAAUCAGAUUUGUACAAAUACCCCAGGAAGUUAUAAGUGUUCGUGUGAGAAGGGUUUUGAAUUGAAGAAAGAUGGCUACGAGUGUGAAGAUAUCAACGAGUGUCUGAAUGAUGACUUGUUCAACUGCACGGAUGAGUUUCACAAGUGCGUCAACACUCGUGGCUCUUACAAGUGUGAAUGUGAUCAAGACUUGUACUUUAUUGAUGGAAAAUGCAAAGGUUUGGAGAAAAACGAGACAGUCCCUAUACCAGACCUGGCUGAGCCACGUAUCCCAUCACAAAACGAGAAGCUAGAAGCUGUUCAGUUUUCAAUUCCAAGUGGGGUUGAGUGGGAUUUUGAUAGAGAUAAAUCUUUUAAAGAGAAAUUGGCGUCUGCUACAUCCGAGUUUUGCAGUAAGAACAGGACAACGUGCUCACUAAAAGAAAAACGACGAAAAAGACGCUCUCCAUUCCUAGACCUCUACACCGCUGACCAGGUUCAUCUUCUGCCUGGUUACCCUAGCAACUCAUCAGACUCUCUCCAGGUUGCAUUUUAUGUACAGCAGCCUGCUGGUCUUUUUAUUGGAAAUAUCUCAGUUCUUCCCCGUGACGCGUUGGUCGCCAUUGUAAUAGCUUACAAGCCCGUGAUCGAGGCAGCCAUUGGCGCGAACAUCUCUGAUAUAGAGACUUUAUUCGAACCCAGCUCACCUACAGAAUACCCAACAGUGAGACCACUGGAGCCAAACAGCAAUGGCUGGAAAUGGAUUGUGAUUGGUAUCAGUGUAGGAUUGGUUGUUCUAAUAGCCGUUAUUAUUAUCAUCGUCGUUGUUUGCUUUAAAAUGAAAGUGAAAUCUGCAGUGCACCCUGAUUUGAAUACUAAGCCUGAAGAGACUGAAGAAGGAAUAGUAAUGGAAAGUUAUCGAAGAUCAUCAGUGAAAAGAAACGCCUGGCCUGAACAGCCCAGGCCAAGCGUUUCUUGAAUUUUUACGUCAAAACAAAUAAACAUGAUCUACUCCACCGCAAGGGAGAAGAGUUGACCAUUGAUUACAAGAAAGUUCUGCCAUCUCAUUGACAUUCGUUGAGAAGGCUAUGAGAGAAAUCAACACUGUCUUGUUAAACUGAGCCCGUGAUGCAAACCGCAGAGCGACGAAGAUCAUUUUGCUUAGAGACGCGAAGUACAGACACGAUGUGUCUAAAAAUGAAAUUUUUAAGAGAAGUCUAAGCUACUGAGCCAGGGACAUGAUACAAGUAUCUAAGUUAUCAUAGGCUACUGAAAUACCCUCCGGAUAAAAAAUCGUUUAAGACGAUAAUUAUUACCUGAAAGUAUUUAUGGAGAAUAAAACAAAACUAACCAAACGAUGAGUUUAUUUAAAUAGACAUAAACAAAUCAAGACCACAAGACUUCCUAACGUCGUAGCAAAAAAGAUAUUUGAGCUUCUCAAGCUCAAAUAUAUAUAUA